CGACCCGACCCAACCAUAUUAAACCUAAUCCGAUCAUUAGAAAUCUAUAUCUAUAUCUAUAUCUAUACUUAGUAUUUAAAAACUCUAACCGGAAAAUACACAUAUCUCCAUUCUAUAACACUUUUCUAGCUUCUUUUACAUUAGAUGUGCCACAUGUCUUUUUAUAUUUAUUUUUAAAUUUUUUUUAUUACACUAUCUUAAUUAUUUUAUUAAACUUAUUUUUUCAUCUUUCUCAUACACGCUUCCUAUUCAUCUCCCCUAUUCAAUUCAACCUUUUCCUUUUCUCUCUUUAAUUUUACAUUCACUUUUUUUUUUUUUUUUUUUUUUUUUUUUUUUUUUUUUUUUUAACUCUUAUCCAACAACUGUGACGAGACAAGCUUAAGGAAUUUCUCAUGUUUUCAUUUUAUUUAUUUUUUUGCUACAAUCUUUUCACUUUUUGAUAUUCUCCCCUAAUCUUCCAGCAAUGGGUACUCUUUCACCAUUUUUUUUUUUUUACUCUUAUCCAACAACUGUGACGAGACAAGCUUAAGGAAUUUCUCAUGUUUUCAUUUUAUUUAUUUUUUUUGCUACAAUCUUUUCACUUUUUGAUAUUCUCCCCUAAUCUUCCAGCAAUGGGUACUCAGAGUUCUUCAUUGAACCGGCUCCUCAGCUUUGUCUCCUCCAUUUGAAACAGCUUCUUAGAAUUGUUGCUGGAUAUAUAUGUUGAAAUGCAAUUACAUAUAGGCGCAUGAUGAGGAGUUUGAGGCAAUGGGCAAUGACGUUUGCACUUCGAGAUGAAGGAGAGGCAGCGUUGGACCACUGAAGAGGACGCGUUACUAAGUGCAUAUGUUAAGCAAUAUGGUCCAAGAGAAUGGCAUCUUGUCUCCCAGCGAAUGAACACACUCCUUGAUAGGGAUGCCAAGUCUUGUUUAGAGAGGUGGAAGAAUUACCUAAAACCCGGGAUUAAGAAAGGUUCACUCACAGAGGAGGAGCAGCGCCUUGUUAUCCGUCUCCAAGCCAUGCACGGGAAUAAAUGGAAGAAAAUCGCUGCAGAGGUGCCUGGGCGUACUGCUAAAAGAUUAGGCAAGUGGUGGGAGGUGUACAAAGAGAAACAGGAGAGGACUAAAAAGGAAACUAGCAAGUGCUUGGAGCCAAUUGAAGAGGGCAAGUACGACCAUACAUUGGAAACUUUUGCAGAGAAACUAGUGAAAGAACGGAUGCCCCCUAGGCAAACAUUUCUUAUGGCUACCUCCAAUGGGGUUUUUUUACAUAGUGAUCACCCCUCUCCCCCUGUGCCCCCUCCACCUCCGGUUACUUCUACCACAACUAUGCUCCCUCCAUGGCUUUCUACCUCUAAUGGAGUUUGGCUGCCAUCUUCUCCUUAUGUUACCUUAAGUCUCUCGUCGUCUAUUGUCCCUACGCAUCCCCCAACUCCAGUGACUUGGGUUCCACAAGAAAUGGGAUCCCAUAAUAUUGAUAACUACCCUCUUACUUUGGGUUGCUUGCCAUCUUGUGCUGGGGCACAUCCUGAGCAGAUGAUCAUGUCAGAGCUCAUGGAUUGCUGUGGAGAAUUGGAUGAGGGGCACCAUGCUCUGGCAGCUCAUAAGAAGGAAGCUGCUUGGAGAUUAAAUAGAGUGGAGCUUCAACUAGAGUCAGAGAAGGCCAAUCGAAAGAGGGAAAAGAUGGAGGAGAUUGAGGCAAAGAUAAACGCUCUCAAGGAUGAGCAGAAAGCUAGCAUUGAGAGAAUCGAAGCAGAGUGCCGGGAGCAGCUUGCUGGGCUACGGAGAGACGCUGAAGCUAAGGAGCAGAAGCUUGCUGAGCAAUGGGUUACUAAGCACACGCGGAUUACAAAGUUACUUGAUCAGAUGGGCUGCAGGACUCGGGUUACUGAACCAAGUUGAUUCUCCAGAGCAAAAUGGACUAACUAUUAAAUUACAUAUUGUCUGUUUUUUGCAUUGCUGAUUAGUUUGCAAUUUGUGCACUUGAUGUGUUUGCAUUGAUCUCUUUCAAUAAUAAUAUUGUUUCUUCCACUACCAUAUCCUGUGUACUUGCAAGAGAUUACACAAUGAUCUAGUAGAUUGUGAGAAGUUUUGUCUCUCUUAUAUCCGCUUAUAGAUGCCUAAAAGUCGUUAUACUCUCUCUAUUUCAUUGUAUUUUGCUUGGAGGGCUUUUAUUGAAUUUGAUAGCAGAAAGUUCAGACGAAA